GAGUCUCUAUUUUAGACUAGAUCCCUGACUUGCUUGCCUGCCUUUUUGAUAGCUUUUUUGCUGACCUCAUGACAGUUACGGUACUUGGAUCUUGGAGAGCUCGAGAACUAUUCUAUAUUCGAAGAUUGUAGAUUUGUCGAAUUAUUGAUAAAAGAGGUUAUUAAACCUUUGCUGGGUUUUAGUGUUUUGGGAUUCAGAAGCUUGUCGGGAUGAACUACCUGAACUAUGAUGGCCCAAAUCAACAGUCUCAGCAGCAGCCUCAUAGCACAGCUUCCGUUUCUCACCACUCACAACAUAUGAGCCACACGUUCCCGCAGCACCUACAACUCAGGGAUCAACAAGGUUCUUUCCUGCAAUCCCACCACUUGCAAGCAACAACCGCACCUUCUGGCAGUGGCAGUUCUCACCUACAGCAACUGCAGCAGCUUCAAGGAGGGCAGCCGUUACCUUUGUUGAACCAUGGGAGUCUGCCUAGUUUUGCGCAUGUCCUUGGAGGAGAAGGUGGAACCGAAGGGAGUCUGCUGCAGCAGGGUGUUCCGUCGAUGUCACAUCGAGUUCAGGUGGUAAGAGGCCCUCCGCAGGGUGUGGACAACCUAUUCUCAGCAGUGAUACAAGACGAUAUCGACGCUUCAUCCCGUCGGCCUGAACCUCCCGCUCCACAACCUCAAGAACAACUCUUGUCAACCACAAUGACCACUCAAGCCACUGCUACCCCAACUCGAUCAACCACACUUAGCCGACCCCCGUUGGCUGAGAAGGUGGCUACAACGGUAAACGUCGGAGGAAACAAUCAGAAGUCUACUAGUCACAAGGUUGACAAGACUGGAAAGAAGCACGUGUUGCACGCAAACCUUCCUCAAGGGUUCAGAUACCAGUUCAAAGACAAGGAAGGUCAGGUCAUCAAAGGAGUUGUGGUUGACCGAUUCAUCCAGAGAUCUCAGUGGCUUGGUCCUUUUAAGGGGUCACUGCUGGACGAGGAGGACGGUCAAGACAUAGGCUCAACUUGGGAGCUAUGCUUUCAAGGAAACGUGUUGUUCUACCUUGACGGCAGUAACAUCACCCAUAACAACUGGUUAUACCACAUCAGUCCAGCAAGGACCACAGCUGAGCAGAACCUAGAGGCCUUCCAGCAUUACGGAGAUAUCUACUACCGAGCGAUAGACAACAUCCAACCCGGUACGGAACUCAAGGUCUUCUAUUCAAAUGAGUACAGGGAGAAGAUAGGAUGUAAAGUAAAACUGGACGAUCUGGGGUUCAAUGAAGAGGCUGACUGUUUCAAGUGUUACAUGUGUGAGGAAUCGUACCAUGGAUCCAAGGUCAUGCUCCGCCACGUCAAGUUCAGUCACAUGAAGGACAACCAGACACCGAAUGUGAGUAGCAAUCUCAAGGAUAGGAUGACCAAGAAGGCCAGAUUGAUGGAGUCGCUGAAACAGCCUUUACCCGAACAAAGGCACCAGGAAGCUCAAGAAACUGGUCGUAAGGUUCCGCCCAGUGAUCAGGAGGACGACUUUGUCUGUGCCACCUGUGGCAAGCGGUUUCAAACAGAUGGUCGUCUGAAGGAACACGAGCGCUUCCACGAAAGCACCUGUGAGUUUGAGUGUGACGUGUGCCACGAUGUCUUCAAUACGUCGCUUACGCUGCUGAGGCACAAGAAGAUCCACGAUGAAGUCCGGAUGAAGUGUACGCUGUGUCCCAAGGAGUACAGCAGUCGUGGUAACCUUUCCCGCCACAUGCAUGUUACACAUGGGUUUGAACGGAGGAAAGGAAACCUAGUGUGCAUGGGCUGUCAAAAUUAUUUUGACUUGGAAGAUAAUAUUUUACAUCAUCUUCAGAAAUGUAAGAAGCUUCAGGAAAUGAGAGAGAAAAUUCGAGCAAUGGCAGGAGAAGAUGAUGUAAGUGAUGAAUCUGACAGAGCUGAUGAUGGUUCAUUUCUGAAGAAGACAAUUGGUUCAGAAUCGGAGGUCAUCGGGAACUUGGCUAAAUUAUCAAAAAGUGAUCAGAAAUCUGGCUACAUUGUACCAGAGAUCAGGUGUUCCUUAUGUGGCAAGAACUACACUUCACGUUCUCGCCUUCACCGACAUCUGAAUGACGUACAUGGCUUUGAGUUCGCGUCAGGGAAAUUCCUGUGCAUGGGUUGUUCGAAGGAGCUAAAUCCGAAAGGCAAAAUAGCUCUACAUGUGGCAAAUUGUGAAGGACUGGCUGAGUUUUUGAAGAAAAGAAGGAAGGAGAGGAAGAAACACAGACCAAAUGUUGGAAUCACUGAUGAUGAGGAUGAUGAAAGUGAUAGCGAUGAUAGUGAAGAACAAACAAAAGAAGGAGAGGGUGAUGAAGGGAAGAAGAUUGAUAUGCUUGGAGUUCGCUUAAAUCAAUACGCUAACAAACCCUUUAAGUGUACCCAUUGUAGCCAGAGAUAUGCCAGCAAAGAGAGAUUAAAACGCCACAAGCGCAACAAACAUCCAAACGUCUCUGUGUUCCCAUGUGACCAUUGCGACAAGGUCUUCCCUUAUAAGAACCGGCUAAUGAAACACCUUCACUCGCACAACAAGGAGAAACGCUACAAGUGCCACCAGUGUCCUCGCAGCUUCGCAUCGCAAAGCGCCGCUCAGAACCAUCAAGAGGAACACACCGACGCAAGGCCGCAUAGAUGCGAACCCUGCAUGAGGGCCUUCCGGACUCGAAAAUCCCUGCUCAGCCACAACAGAAGGUUACACGCUGACCGCAAGAUGCGCUUUUCUUGCUCGUUUUGUGAUAAGAAGUUUCCAGAGAGGACCGACCUGCGCAUACACGAGCGCCGCCACAAGGGUAUAAGACCGCACGUUUGUUUGGUUUGCGGGAAGGGGUUCUCAUCUAAGUACUCUAUGACAGUACAUGUCAGGAUCCACACUGGUGAAAAGCCUUUCAAAUGUGAAUUCUGCGACAAAGCUUUCGCCUUGAAUCACCACCUAGAGCAGCAUCUUAGGUCCCACACAAAUGUUGGUCAGUUGCAGAUAACUGGAUCCACUCAGCCUUGAAAGUUUCACCUGUUCAUUCGGUUAACAGUAGACCUUCACCUACAAUUACCUUUCACGAGUUCAAUGAUUGCCAAAGUCAAAGCAUUCUUAGUAGAGAUUUCUGUAUUUCCAAGCUAUGUUAGAUUUUUUUUUUCAAUUGUCUCCUGCCAGCAAAUUUAGUUCCACAAGAUCAACUUUCUAUCUUAACCCUAUCUAGGCCGGGGGUAGGGGGGUCUCCCAGGCCCCCCCCCCUCAAAAAAUCGCGCGAUUCUUUCACCGUGCAUAUUUAUUUUACCACACUGCUCGCUGACUUUUUACUUUCAAGUCUUGCACAACAUUUGAGAUCAAGUUUGCAUCACCUGGGUACAUGGUCCCAAAAUUACGCAAUGUUAUUUAACCCUUUGAACCCUAAAUCAUUAGGGGCAGUGAUGACCCAUACCCUGAAUUAUUUGCACGUAUCGACCACUUUCACAAACUCCAAUGAUUCGAGACCCAACGGCAUCUUCCCCACGCUAGUACCAGGACCAGGCCGGCUGAAGUUGUUUACAUUCUUGAAGACCUAGUCUACCAACAGAAAUAUCAACUUUAGUGUUUGUUUUGGGCUCAAAAUCACUGUGUUACUACAGUCAGAUCUAUCAAUUGCUUCCUAAUAGUAAGCACGUGACUUGCCACGUAUUACCGCACAUACCACACGAGCAACCGCAGAAAAGUGGCAUAUUUGGGCCAUUUUUUAUGCUAAAUCCUUCCGAAAUCAAUACCAGUCUAGACUAAAGUUAUGAACUAAAUAUGCCUACACUUACAUGUACUAAACAUCAUUUGUAAAAGAUCACCUGACAUUUAGAACCCAUGUUCUUGAAGUCACAUGGCUUUAGACCGGUAUUCCGGCCUAUCGGGUAUAUGCGCGUUCACUGGUAGGCUGGUAUUCCGGCCUAUCGGGUUCAAAGGGUGAAGUGCAUGUCAGA